AUGCCAGGCCUCGCCAUGGACCCCGUGGCCACAGACGAUGUCCGAGUCCUCGGGCAGGACCCUCUGAUCCCUCCUGCUCUUCUCAUCUCGGAGAUCCCCAUGACCGAUGACGCCUUGGAGACCGUACUCCGGGGUCGUCAGGAGGCCGCCUCCAUCGUCAUGGGCCACGACGACCGUCUUCUCGUCAUCAUCGGUCCUUGCUCCAUUCACGACCCUCCCACGGCGCUUGAGUACUGCCAACGCCUCAAGGCCGUCGCCGACCGCCUGUCCGCCGAUCUUUGCAUCGUCAUGCGCGCCUACCUAGAGAAGCCCCGGACCACUGUCGGCUGGAAAGGCCUCAUCAACGACCCGGACAUCGACUCCACCUUCCAGAUCAACAAGGGCCUCCGCGUCUCGCGCCAGCUCUUCCGCGACCUGACCUCAUCCGGCAUGCCCAUUGCCUCCGAGAUGCUCGACACCAUCUCCCCGCAGUUCCUCGCCGACUUCAUCUCCGUCGGCGCCAUUGGAGCCCGCACCACCGAGUCCCAGCUCCACCGCGAGCUCGCCUCGGGCCUGUCCUUCCCCGUCGGCUUCAAGAACGGCACCGACGGUAACCUGGGCGUUGCCAUCGACGCCAUCGGAGCCGCCGCCUCCCGCCACCACUUCAUGGGCGUCACAAAGCAGGGGCUCGCCGCCAUUACCCGCACCAAGGGCAAUGAGCACGGCUUCGUCAUUCUUCGCGGUGGUUCCAAGGGCCCCAACUACGACAAGGAGAACGUGCAAAAGGCCAAGGAGACCCUCAUCAAGAAGGGUCAGAAGCUUGCCAUCAUGAUUGACUGCUCUCAUGGCAAUUCAAACAAGGACCACCGCAACCAGCCCAAGGUGGCCGCCUGCAUCGGCGAGCAGCUUCGCGAGGGCGAGACCUCGAUCAUCGGCGUCAUGAUCGAGUCCAACAUCAACGAGGGCAACCAAAAGGUUCCGGCCGAGGGCCCCGCCGCCCUGAAGAAGGGCGUCAGCAUAACCGAUGCCUGCAUCGACUGGGAGUCCACCGUCACCGUCCUCGACGACCUAGCCGCUGCCGUUCGCGCCCGUCGCGAGCGCAAUGGAGGCACCACCAGCGCGAACCCAGAGGAUCACAAGGUGACCCGUCUCGAGGAGGAGUAGGUCAGGAAAACAUGAGCUUUGAAGACGGUUUCUAAGAAGAACGGGAGUAAAAGAAAAUACAAAAGGGGGGAAGAAAUAAAGAGAGUGAGAGCAAGAAAAGUCGGGUCAUGUUUUUGCGAGACGCCUGAACAAAACGCGCCACUGAUUGAUGGAUUCAUGAGAGGAUGCAACAAAAACGGAAGAGGGGGGGGAUUCACACAUUUGCAGCGUCGCAUAUUCUAACUGGUUGAAAGGGGGUUUACAUUAAAAAGUUCCUUUUCCUCUUUCGGCUAAACUAUGCGGCAUACAAAACACAUAAUAUCAAGACGAUGAUAAUGGUGGUUUCUGGUACUGGGAUAACCGAUGGGUUGAUAUAUCGGGAGGAAGAAAGGUGAACUAUCCGCGGGUUCUAGAGACGGGAUAGCUUGCUGAACAUACCUUACACGAUUCCCUUCCCAUCGUCUGCUC